ACUUAUGCCUCUAAACAAUUAAGAUAGUAUCCUAGAAGGUAGUAGGUCUAAAUGUAACAUGAUUUAUCUAAACAAUAUUGAGGAAUGUAUCAAUAUAUAAAAAUAUAAAUUACAAGUUAUAUUUCUACAAGUGCCUGGAAACGUGGUUUUUAAUAUAAAUUUGAAUCUAUUUAAAGCUUUGUAAUUAUUUCCAAAAGACAUUAAUAUUUUUAUGUCUUUCUUUUAUACGUUUCGUAUUUUUAUAUCAGCUUAGCCAUGUUUGAAUCUGAUGAUUAUGACGAGAUUCUAUCUCAAAUUGAGUUGCCACAGACAAGUUUAGUAUUAAAUUUAGAUGUUUCAAAUUUACCAACGAAAAAUAAAGAAAAUGAGCAAAAUAUUUCAAAUGAGUGCUUGUCUACAUUAAAAAAUAGGGAAGAUGCUGUACUUGUUAACAAAUCUGCUAUGGUAAUAGAAGACAAUCUAUCUUUAAAUAACUCAUCUUCAAAACACUCAAAAAGAAAAAUUAUAAAUAAUCACUUCAAUCAAAAAAGUAAAAGAAAAUUUCCUGGCCCUGCUGGUUUGCUAACAGGGACACUUGUGGAUACGAAGGAUGACUCUGAAGGUCAAUUAGAAGUGUUUUCACAGGAUAUUGAUUUCACUCAAAAUUCUUUGAGUCAUGAGAUUUGGGAGUCUCCUCUGUGGAAGCGACUUUUAGAAGACACAAAAAGCUUAGGAAUAAUAAAUACUAUUAAAUCUAUCAAAUUACAAGCUGUUGCGGGAAAUCUUCAGAAAAAGAAAGCUGAAAUUGUUACAGCUUUCAUUGAAAGUGUUGAUAGAUCUGCAAUUGAUCCACUUAUUAUUAUAAAAGAUAAAACUGAUAGAAUAAAAUGCACACUUCAUAGAGAUGCAUGGACCGCCUUUUCCUCGUACAUAGUAUCUGAACACUGUGCUCUGGUUUUAUGGAAGCCAACUGUCCUUACAACUGGUAGCGCUUUCAAAAAACAUUAUUUAAAUAUAACUCUUAGUAAUAUUUGGGCUAUCUAUAGUUCAGCUUUGAUAGAUAAAGAUGAAUCAUUGCCAGAAGACUGUGAAAAAAUAAAUGAACAUACCUUCACAAUUAUAAAGAUGGAAAGAAAUGGAACAGAACCAAAUGAUUUAACCAUAAAUAAGGAAAAUUUUGAAUUACUAGAUGAUCUAGAUAACAUAUUUUCUGAUGAUAUUUUCUAAGUUUUAUGUUCUAAAUUCUAAAAAAUAUAAACAUAUGAUUUUAAUGAGUUUAAAUUUAAGGUUAAACCGAAACAUGUCUAAUAUGAAUAAAAAUUUAAUUUAUCUU